AUGACUUGUUCUGAUGAUUCCAAAUGCCGACGAUAUGGGACCUUCUGCUUUCUGAAUAAUUGUCUCUACCCGGAAGACUUUUUUGGUUCAUCGAAUAUCAACCAAUCUAACGUCUACGCUGCAAAAAAUAUUUAUGGAUACUGCAAAUCAAAUCAUCACUGUCGGGAGCUGAACAACACCCAUUGCUUCGAGGGUAGAUGUAACUGCCUAUCAGGUCAGGAAUAUGUCAAUGGUUCCUGCGUUAAAGCUAUCAACGUAUCCUGUUUUGAUGAUUCCGAGUGCCUAUUGCCUAGAUCUUACUGUUUUCUUAACACUUGUCUCUACCCAGAGAUUUUUUUCGACCCAGUCAAUGGAUACAACACGAGUCUAUAUGCUGCACAACGUGUCGGUGGAUUCUGUCAAGCUGAUCAACAUUGUCGGAACAUAAAAGGUUUGAAGUGUUUUCGACGAAAAUGCAGUUGUGCGAAUGAUUAUUCUAUAAACGGAACAGAAUGCAACAAUGUCACUCUCACUAUUUAG